AUGGUGCCUAAGUAUAGUCAACAUUACCGGGCAGACUGGGAGAAAAUGGCAGACUUUAAAGAGUGGUUGCAGCCCGUUGAAAACGAUACUUCGAAAGCGUACUGUAAGUAUUGUAAAUGCGAAAUGAUUGCAAAAUUGUCUGUUUUGAGGCUACAUAUUUCAUCAGCAAAGCACAGAAAAGCAAUAGAGCCAAUGAAGAGUCAAAAAAAAAUUAACUUCCCUAAAGUAAAAAAAGAUCUGAAUACCCAGAAAGCAGAAUCUUCGCUGGCUUUGUUUGUUUGCGAGCACUGUGCAAUUAUGGCUGUAGAUCAUUUAUCGGAACUAUGCAAAUACCGAUUUGUCGACAGCAAAUACAGCGACAUCAAGUUACAUCGAACCAAAUGCACGAAUAUUAUUAAAAAUGUUUUGGCACCACACUUCAUUCAAGAAAUUGUGACAGAUUUAGGAGAUCAGGAGUACAGUCUCUUAAUCGAUGAAUCGACAGAUAUAUUGGUACUUAAAAUGCUUGGUGUUUCGAUAAGAUAUUUCAGCCGAUCAUUAAAAAAGAUAAUUUCCACAUUCUUGGGAUUAGUUGAGAUUGAAGACGGAACUGCAGUCAGCAUAGUGAACGGCAUUAAAGGAUUGUUGGCAGAAAUAAAAAUAAAUUUAAAGAAAUUGAUCGGUAUCGGCACGGAUAACACUUCGGUCAUGACAGGAACUAACAGUGGAGUGCACGCAUUGUUGAAAAAUGCAACUGGUAAUGACAAUUUAGUGUUAGUCCGCUGCGUGUGUCAUUCGUUACAGUUGGCUAUGUCUCAUGCUUCAGCAGAAACCCUACCAAGAAAUGUUGAAUUUCUUAUAAGAGAAACCUAUAACUGGUUUAGCCAUUCAUCAAACCGAAGACUCUUUUACAAAAACAUGUUUCAAACGAUCAACGGUGGCUCCAUUCCAUUGACAAUUCCACAGAUGUGCAAUACCCGAUGGAUAUCAAUUGAACCAGCGGUCUGCCGUAUUCUUGAUCAAUGGAUAGAAUUAAAAACCCUGUUUGAAAUUGCCAGGCGAGAUGAACACUGCAAAAAGUAUACGGCAGAAAUACUAUAUAACAUGUAUAAUGAUCCACAGAAUCAUUUGUACUUAUUAUACAUAAGACCUAUCUUACAGGAAGUUCAAGUGGUAAACAAGUUGUUUGAAAGUAACGAUGUUGACCCAACAAGAUUGUACAAUGAUUUGAUUGGCUUAGUGGAAUCGAUAGGUCGGCGUAUUCUGAACCCAACGGCAAGGGUAGAUAUUUUAACAGAAGACAUAGAAAGCUAUUUAGAUCCGAAACCAUACAUGGGAUAUGCUUUUGAGACCAAAUUACUUGAAUACAAUCUUCAGCCUAAUGCAGCAAACUAUUUACGCCAACGUUGUAAUAAUUUCACACUGAAACUUGUGACAGAACUACGUUCGAGAUUACCGGUUAAUUUUAAAAUACUUCAGAAGAUAUCCAUGUUUUCAGUUCAAGAGACUUUAAAAGUAGUUAAGCCAUCCAUUGUCGAAAUAGCCCAAGAGUUCCGAGUUAAUGCACCUAUGAUUGAAAAACUGGUAUCUCAAUGGAGAAAUAUAGUUCACAUUAAAUGGGAAUCCUUGACUUCCACAGUAAAGUUCUGGAAUGAAGUCAUGCAAUAUAAAGAUGCAGCUGAUAAUAACCCCUUUGCAGAGUUAUGUGAGUUUGCAAUGUCUCUUAUAUCAUUGCCACAUUCAAAUGCGGACGUUGAACGUGUAUUCAGCCAAAUGAGUCUGGUAAAAACAAAACUCCGAAACCGUUUGGCGGUGAGAACCCUGAAUGCCAUUUUGUACGUUAGGUUCGGCCUAAAAAGAGCAGGAAAGUGCUGUUACUCUUACACUGUUCCAGACAAUGUACUACGCAGUAUCGGAACCAAAGAGUAUUACGACUCCGGCUCUCAGCCUUCCACAUCAGCUGAUGUUGAUGAAGAUGAAGACCUUAAUAUUCUAUUCCCUUGA